GCGGCUGGGCUACCCCGCUGCCUGGCGAUGGGGCUGAUCCGGACCGGAUCCGACCGCUGUGGGAAUGGGCGUGCGUCCCUGAGCCGGUGGCGGACCGGCUGGGCGAAGUUGUGCCUCGGAGGCUAGACCGCUGUCUGCUUCCCUGGGACGCAGGGGCCCCGGGUACACGGGGUGCUCUCGCGGCCCCCAAGCCCUGGCUGAGCUCCCACUGGGAUCGGUGGCGAGGGGCGGGGAGGAGGAGGCUGAGAUGCGAAGGAGGGGGCAGCGCUGAGCGGGAGUCGGACCGUCCCGCCGACCACCGAAGGGGGCAUCCGAGACCCUCGGAACAACGAAGCCCAGGGAGGAGCUUGGAAAGCGAGGAGAAGGGAUCCCUGGUUACCUCCCUUGUCUGUUCCUCCCGGAUGGAACAAGAAGACCAGCAGGGUGUGUGUGAAGCCCCGGACUCAGCAGUCAAAGGGAUGGGCUCCGAUUUUGAGAACUCUGAAGACAGGGAAGGGGACCCAGAAGAGAGAGGCGUGGGCUCUAGUGCACAGGACACGGACAAGAGAGGUGUCCCCCUGGAGCAGGACAUGGGCUCCAACCCCCAGGAUGAAGCUCCACGAGGGGACUCAGAGGAGCGGGAACUAGUGUCUGACAUCUGCACAGAGGGGCUGCUGAGUGACGAAGAAGGGAUGGCUUUCCGUGAGGAUGAUGAUGACCAGUCUGCUGUAGCUGAGGGGGCCAUGUUCCCAGGACUGUCUGAGUCCGACAGCAUAUCCCGGAGCCCCGGAUUAGAGGAGGAGGAGGAGGAGGAGAGCGCCGGGGAGAACCGGCUGGAGGAGGAAGAGGAGCAGCCGCCCCCGCCCGUGCUUCCCUGGAGGCGGCACCUCUCCCUGGGGAGUCGGCACCGGGGUGACAAGCCGGCCCACCGCCGCUUCCGCCGGCUCCACCACCCCAUGGCCAUGGACCUCGGCGAGCUGGACAACCUGAUGGCCAGCAUCAUGGACGCGCCCACCAUCUGCCCCGACUGCGGGGAGAGCUUCAGCCCAGGCGCCGCCUUCCUGCAGCACCAGCGCAUCCACCGCCUGGCGGAGGCGGCCGCGGCGGCCAGCCUGGAGCCCUUCGGCCUGGCGGGCGAGUGCGGGGCGGUGGUGGGCGUGGUGGGCGUGGGCGUGGCUGCGGACUUCGGGGCGGGGCCUGCGCUGGCCCGGCCCCCGCGCGAGAAGCCCUUCCACUGCGGGGAGUGCGGCAAGGGCUUCAGCCGCAACACCUACCUGACCAACCACCUGCGCCUGCACACUGGCGAGCGGCCCAACCUGUGCAGCGACUGCGGCAAGAGCUUCAGCUGGCGCGCCGACCUGCUCAAGCACCGGCGGCUGCACACGGGCGAGAAGCCCUACCCGUGCCCCGAGUGCGGCGAGGCCUUCAGCCUCAGCUCGCACCUGCUGAGCCACCGGCGCGCGCACGCGGCCGCCAGCGGUGCGGGGCCGGCGGCGCUGCGGCCCUUCGCCUGCGGCGAGUGCGGCAAGGGCUUUGUGCGCCGAUCGCACCUGGCCAACCACCAGCGCAUCCACACGGGCGAGAAGCCGCACGGCUGUGGCGAGUGUGGCAAGCGCUUCAGCUGGCGCUCGGACCUGGUGAAGCACCAGCGCGUGCACACGGGCGAGAAGCCCUACAUGUGCUCCGAGUGCGGCGAGAGCUUCAGCGUCAGCUCGCACCUGUUCACGCACAAGCGCACGCACUCGGGCGAGCGGCCCUACGUGUGCCGCGAGUGCGGGAAGGGCUUCGGCCGCAACUCGCACCUGGUCAACCACCUGCGCGUGCACACCGGCGAGAAGCCCUUCCGCUGCGGCCAAUGCGAGAAGCGCUUCAGCGACUUCUCCACGCUCACGCAGCACCAGCGCACGCACACGGGAGAGAAGCCCUACACGUGCAUCGAGUGCGGCAAGAGCUUCAUCCAGAGCUCACACUUGAUCCGUCACCGCCGCAUCCAUACCGGCAACAAGCCGCAUAAGUGCUCGGGCUGCGGCAAGGGCUUCCGCUACAAAACGCACCUGGCGCAGCACCAGAAGCUGCAGCUGUGCUAGGGCUGGGCCCCAGGGAGGCUGCCCUCCCCUCCCCCGCCAGGAGCAUGUGGGGAGUCCAUGUCCUGGGGGGAGACCCUGUCGAAAGAAAUGGGGAGGGGCGGGAGGGACAAUCGGAGAGUGACAGCAGCCUUUUGCUGUUAGGGGGUCCUGAAGGGGAGGGCCGAGUAAGAAUUGUUCUUCUGGGGUGCUAUAUAUUUUGCCUGUCUCCUCCCCAACGAAGAAAUGUUUGGGAGAUGUGUUUGAGCGCGGUGGCUUCCUCAGAUACACGCUGUAAGAGCAGGCACUUGGAAGACUUUGAGGAAGGGGAGGUAGGGGGUGGGAGGGAACAGGAUGGCAGGUAAUAGGGUAGGUUGGGCUGUGACGACCUGUGGGAAACAGAGGAGAGGGUGUGGCUGGAGUGAGGGUUAUGGGGUCAAAUAAAAGGCGGGUGUGAAUAACUGUCCUGGUCCCACCAGGUGUUAAAGCCACUGUUUGCCCUGUCCCCUCCCGUCAGCUAUAGUCCUUGGAAAAGUCGAGGAACCUUGUCCGUCCUAUUGGAGAGGAUAUAUUGUAUGCUUGUCCCUUCCUUUCUCUGAGCCACAGUUAGCUGCUAUUUUGAGGCAUCCAGGGGAAACUGGGCAGAAAAGCUACACACCCUCAUUUCAAGGAUGAAACCUCGGAGGUUUACAAAUUCAUAACUGUUUUUCAGAUCUGGGAACCCUGGUCCUGCUCCUGGUUCUUUGCUACUUCCUUUGAAAUACUCCAGCUUCCUGCUGGGUCAUGGUGAUCUAUGUAGGUGAGCAGACCCCCGCCCCCAGUGUCAGGUGUGUGCCAGGCUCCGGGUUUUCUUUCAGGUCUCACUUGGGGCCUUUUACGUGAAGGGAAAUGGAACAAUCUUAGCUAUGUGUGACUUUCCCAGGUCAGCUGGGUGCUUGUUUGAAGUGAACCUGGGACCAUCAGCAGCAGUUGCUCCAGCGACCUGCUACAAAAGUCACCAGCUCAGAGUUUUACUGGCCGUAUGUGAGAAACAGGGAAACAAAAGGUCCCAUGUUGGGGUGGAAGUCUCCUUUGUUUCAUUUGCCUUCGCUUUGUAUCUGUGUAUCCUUCUCCAUCGGUAGCGAUGGAGGAGAUCACCGAAUCCCCACCUCCACCCAUAUUGACCUGGGCUCUGAUCUGACUAGAAAUUUUCUUUUUCCUACACAGGGAGGCACAGUAGAAAGCUCCAGGCUUUACACAAGGAGGGCACAAGCGAGGAGAGGUGAGAAUGCAAAGUUGCCAAAAGCACAAGCCAUGGAUGAUUUCUGGUGGUUCUAUAAAUGCCAAACUAGCACUUUUGUAUUUGUAAAGUGCUUUAUACUUUUUAAUGAUUGUUAGUUGUUCCUCACACCUUUGUGAGGUAAAUCAGUAUUAGGGCGCAUCUUAGCGAAGGCCUGGGGACAGGAGUGCAGCAGGCUGUUCUGAAGAGAGGCUGGUGACAGUGUGGGCAGGUGUGGUCUGAUCUUUUGUCUCUCCAGCUCAGCUGCUAGGAAGACUUACCUGUUGGGAUUUAUAUAAUCAAAUAAGAACACUGAAAAUUCGUAUGCUUGACGGAAAACUUAAGGCUAGUCUAGAAGGUCCAAAGAUGUCCUUGUUGACAAAGCUGGUCUUUGUCACCUGAUUAGGGUGUCCUAGGUGUGUUCCAUUUCUAGUAGGGGGCUAUAGUUAGAUGACUCUUGUAUAGAUUUCAGUUACCUGUGCUGAAAACCCCUCCCCUAGGUUAGCCUUUAGACGUUAGAGUUAUGGAAAGCAGUAUUGUUUUCUCCACGAGCGAGUGUUACCCUGUACUUUUCCUGGAAGCAUCUUCACAAACUGUGGGACACACUUGAAGGAAAAAGAAAAAAACCCAACUGCAAGAUUGUUUUUACAGUUUAGCAAAUCUGUGGAUGCCAGUAAUUGAUACUUGAUCAGUUCUUUUCUAGCAAAGAAUCUCUUUGGGGACUGUAGAAAAGCAUGUUUUUGUCAUUAUAAACACACUUAAAAAAAAAUCCUGAGAAGUCUGGGUUUGUAUCAUGCUUGUUGAUCUUGCCCUCUUAAUCAGUUUACUGCUAUUCACAAAUUCAAAUAGAUUUCCAAAAUAAUCGUUUUGGAAGACACUAAUUCCUUUUUAUUUUCUUUUAGUUGAGAGUAGUACUAGAAAAGCAAGUGACCAUUAUUUAUUCUGAAUCUUGUAGUCUGAAUACGAAGUGUGUAAGACUCACCUGAAAAUAACGUAACCAAUUUAUAGGUAACCGUAUUCCUUUUUUUCAUGCACAUCUACCUCUUCCAGCUGUUUUAAGUUCUUUCAAGUCUGUGCCUAUGAAAUCUCAUUGAACUUUUGAUUCCUCAUGGGUUGACUAUCCACUUGAUGGGUUAUUUGGCUUUUUCCUGCCAUUGCACAGUGUGG